AUGGCUUCGCUGCCCCUCGAGCUUGUGGAGCAAAUCUGCUCCCUGCUCUGCUUCCACUGUCAACACCCAGAGACGUUCCCCGACGCCGGAACCGACGACUAUCGACUGAGCAAAAGGGCACUAUCGCGGCUUUGUCGCGUAUCUCGACGUAUUUGUGCCGUCACUCAGCCGUUCCUUUUCCACGACUAUGCCACGGGCGGGUUACCUGAAGGACACAAUUGCGGUAUCGGAACACAGUCUAGCCAUCGUUCACAAGGCGAGGCUCACGACGACAGGCUAUCCCUCUUUUUGCGCAGCAUCAUACAGCGUCCAGACCUGGCAUCUCACACCAGAACGCUCCAGCUGGUAGAGAACGAUGUGAUCAGCGGGUGCACGCCAGACCUAGCUCCCCUCCUCAUCAAAGCGACCGAAGACGCUGGUGCUCUACGGCACGCUCCAAGCAGAGGCUAUCUCCAGACGAAGAUAUGGAGUGGAUUUUCCGGCCAGCCAGAGAAGUUGUUGCGAAUCCAGCGGCGGAAGAUACACCACUGGCUCGAAGAGCUGGCAAUUAUCCUAUCGCCGAAUGUCGCUAUGCUUUUGAUGGCCCGAGAUAGCUUUGUGGAUUAUGAGCAUAUUAGGGACAGCCGGGCUUCUUUCCCUGCAUUACGAGCGAUUGCUCUCCGGGGCGUCAGAAAGAAUCAUCACAUCUAUGAAGCCUCUGCGCUCUUCAACGCGGCGCCGAAUCUCGAGGACCUCUAUUCAAUGCAGUGCAGUCUCUUUGACGGUCAAAGUCCGUGGACUCUCGUCAAGCCUUGGACUCUGAAGUUGGCAAACUUACGAAGAUUAUCGCUGGGCGAGAUAGGCUUCGAAGACCUCAGUCUGCUGGUGAGGUGCUGCCCAAAACUGGAGGAGCUGGCGGUCACAGCAAAGGCAAUUUACGGCAACUCGGGGAUCGAAUACUGGGACAUGUCGAAACUGCUGCAGACACUUGACCCGAUUCGCCAGAAUUUACGGAAAUUGCGUCUUUCUUGUGUGUCUAGACGACCACCUAGGGAAGACUCCUGGCCGCUUGCUGCUGGUGGGAUAGCUUGGUCCUUUCGCACUUUUGAGCAUCUAGAGGAACUUGGGUUUGACCAAGCUGCAAUCGACGCUGGCCCGCGAGCAGCUCCCUUGGAAGACGGCAUGGGCCCAUAUAACGAAUGGAGCUUGGCUGAAGUCCUGCCGGUAUCCAUUCGUCGAUUUGAGAUCUUGCAUGCCGACCAAGGCUGCAUGGAAUAUUUGAGACGGUUUGCCGAAGAAUCUUCAUUCGCGUCGCCGAAUCUGAAGGUUAUCCGGGUGGAGUUUGACAAGCCUGCAGGCAAAGGGGACAUGGAACUGAACUAUAUAGACUCUUUGAUUUCGCGAUUUGAAUCGAUGGGUAUCGAAAUGACAUGGGAUAAUACAAGCUGCCUCGAGGAAGACGUCCUAAUAAUGGGUGCGGGCGGUCCAUCUCGAAUCAGGGUUGACUCCUGA